AUGAGGGACAUCCUAUUUUCCUUGGUCUCCUUGGCUUCGGCUGGGCAGGACACGGUGGUGCCAAGCUGCCGGACAGGAUACCAGGACAUCACAGGCGGGAAGGCGUACAGUUGGUCUUGCGCCCACCACUGCGUUGGUGGCCCCAACUUUGCCACGGAGAAUUGCGGGUGUGCCUGCCUCUCUCAGGACCAGAUUCAGGAGGCGGAUUCUGGCACUGCCCUCACCACGGCCCGCAUUGUCGGGCAGGCUGGUGAGAUUCUGGUCACAUCGGCACCUCCCACAGACGUCCAUGGACAGCUGCCUGUGCAAGAGCUUCCCGUCGGCGAGCUGCAGGAUGGCGGGCCAGUUCCGGACGAUCCAAGACCUGACAACUUCGAGGCACCUUCGCGCUCCACCACGGAAGCCGCGCCGGCGCCCGAGGAGUCAGGAGAUCUUCGGCAGGUGCUCAUGAUAGCCGUCGGCCUUGCGUUCUUGCUCAUCGCCGCCUCCACGGCCGCCACCUUUGCGUACCGGCGAGGCAUGCUCCCCUGCAAGCCACGGGGGUUCGAGUUGAAGAUCCAGGUGGCUGAAGAAGAGUGUCCGGAGCCGGGGCUGGCCAGCCGCACCGGACCGCGCUUCAGUCUGUCGAGCCGCGGCAGCGGCGCUUGUGCUGAACCCGGCGCAAGGAG